AUGCUAAGAGUUAAAACAGUACUUGUGGAGACGAAGCGACAACUUUACACUAAAAAUUAUGUGUUGUUCAUUUCCUUUGGUUCUGGAACAAGGUAUUCCUUUUGUGUUUUAUUUGUAUUACCUGAUUACUUUGAUUUUUCCUGUUCAGUUCGCCAUCAUCAGGCUAAUUCUCAUGCAAAGAAAGGAUGGGAGCAAUUUACAGAUGCUGUUAUUAGAAGUGUUUCACAAAAGAAGGAAGGAGUUGUCUUCCUCCUUUGGGGAAAUUUUGCUCAAGAUAAAUCAAGGUUGAUUGAUGAAAGAAAACAUCACAUACUCAAAGCUGCGCAUCCUUCUGGAUUGUCUGCAAACAGAGGGUUUUUUGGCUGCAGGCACUUUUCUCGCACAAACCAGCUUUUGGAGAAAAUGGGAAUCAUCCCCAUAGAUUGGCAACUUUGAAAUUGGAAGGACCCGUCUUUGGGAUGUUGUAGUUGAUUUUUGUGAAUGGGAAAAGAGUUCUCUUCUUUAGAUCUCCUAGGAAGGCAAGUCAUUAAGCUUUCUUUUUGUAAACUCAUCUUCAACUGGAUAAAAAACAAGUGUCUCUGAUAGAUGCUCGAGUAGUACACGACUCAAUUGGUCCUUACAUAUAUAUAUCUAUAUAUAUAUAUAUAUAUGUAGGGCAAAAGUGAUUUUGUUUAUGCUU